AUGUCUGAAUCUGGAAACUCGAGUUUCCACAAGCUUUCAACGAAAUCCGCCGUUUUCGGGCUAAACCUCUACUUAGUCAUCGCGAUCAUCUCUGUUUUCGUGGUAUUGAUUUCACUCUUGAUCUUCCUCUUCGUCUGCUUGAAUCGCGUCUCACGCGCCCGUAGAAUGCGCGUGAAGCACAGCUCCGGCUCGAUCCCGCUUUUCUCCAAGGAGGAGGUAUCGGAGGACAUCAAGACAGUCGGAAAAUUUCUGAAGUCCGAUGAUUCCAAGAGUAAAAUCGGAAACGAAGUUGUAGUGGUCACAGCAGCAUCAAGCAAAGAAGCGAGUGGUGGGUUCGACGAUUUGUCGGUGGCUUCAAGCGGUGACGUUGGUACCGAGGCAAUGGGAUGGGGACGAUGGUACAGUUUGAAAGAUCUGGAGAUUGCGACACGUGGCUUCUCAGACGAGAAAGUGAUCGGAGAAGGAGGGUACGGUAUCGUUUACAGAGCUGAUUUCCCCGACGGGUCUGUCGCCGCCGUCAAGAAUCUCCUCAACAACAAGGGACAGGCAGAGAAAGAGUUCAAAGUUGAGGUAGAAGCAAUUGGGAAAGUAAGACAUAAGAACUUGGUUGGUCUGAUGGGAUAUUGUGCAGACAGUGCUCAAAGGAUGCUUGUGUAUGAAUACAUUGAUAAUGGAAACCUGGAGCAGUGGUUACACGGUGACGUAGGUCCGGUGAGUCCUCUUACGUGGGAUCUACGCAUGAAGAUCGCCAUUGGAACAGCAAAAGGAUUAGCCUAUUUACACGAAGGGCUUGAACCUAAGGUUGUGCACCGUGAUGUGAAGUCUAGUAACAUCUUGAUCGAUAGGAAAUGGAACGCAAAAGUGUCUGAUUUCGGUUUGGCCAAGUUAUUAGGAUCUGAAACUAGCUAUGUGACAACUCGUGUGAUGGGAACCUUUGGAUAUGUUUCGCCGGAAUAUGCAAGUACGGGUAUGCUCAAUGAGUGUAGUGAUGUCUAUAGUUUCGGUGUUCUGCUCAUGGAGAUUAUUACAGGCAGGAGUCCAGUUGAUCAUUCAAGACCACCUGGCGAGAUGAACUUAGUGGAUUGGUUUAAGGGAAUGGUUGCAAGUAGACGUGGAGAAGAAGUUAUAGACCCUAAAAUCAAGAAUCCACCUCCUCCUCCAAGAGCUUUGAAAAGAGCCUUGCUUGUUUGUUUGCGUUGCAUUGACCUUGAUGCUAGUAAACGGCCAAAGAUGGGACAGAUCAUUCACAUGCUUGAGGCUGAAGAUUUCUCUUUCCGUCCUGAACACAGAUCAGCCCAGACAAACAAGAAUGUCCAUCACGGUGUUUCUGGGAGACCACUUGAGAGUUGA